UUGAUAAAUAUAUAUAAAUAAAUAAAUUACUUCUUUUUACCCUCAUUUGCUCAUCUUUAUUCUCCACCAUAGGGUGUUUCAAGAAUAUAUCAGAUACAAAUAAUUGUUACUGUUUUUUCAAGAUUUUGCUGCUCAAUUGAUUCCAGAGUUAUAAUCUGAUGAAUUAGGUAAUUAUUACGAGUAUUUGAUUGAAAAAUUGUGAGAAUUGAUUUGGGGAAUUAAAGUGCGCACCAAGUGUUUGAUGAAAUUCCUGUAAGAACAAGUUUUUAGAAUUUAUUAGGGUUUUUUAGGUUUUGAUAGGAAUGGAUGAUUUUAUGGUUGAUACGAAUGGAUUGGGCGAUAAUUCGGAUAUUGAAGGUGAUGAUUUAAGGUGUGAGAAUAUAGCAGAAAAAGAUGUUAGUGAUGAGGAAAUUGAAGCUGAGGAUUUGGAAAGACGGAUGUGGAAGGACCGGAUUAAGCUUAAGAGACUUAAAGAGAAACAAAAAGUUUUAGCACAACAAGCCGCCGAAAAGCAAAAGGCGAAGCAGACGACUGAUCAGGCUCGUAGGAAAAAGAUGUCUAGGGCUCAAGAUGGUAUUUUGAAGUAUAUGUUGAAGCUUAUGGAAGUCUGCAAAGCUCGUGGUUUUGUUUAUGGGAUCGUUCCUGAAAAGGGUAAGCCUGUUAGUGGCUCAUCAGAUAAUUUACGGGCUUGGUGGAAGGAGAAGGUUAAGUUUGACAAGAACGGGCCUGCAGCCAUUGUUAAAUAUGAUAGUGAUUGUGUAUCUAAAGGACAAGGAAUUGGAUGUCAGAGUGGGAACCCAAAUAGUAUUCUCCAAGAUUUACAGGAUGCUACAUUAGGCUCCCUUUUGUCGUCUUUAAUGCAACACUGUGAUCCGCCUCAGAGGAAGUUUCCAUUAGAGAAGGGUAUCCCACCACCAUGGUGGCCAACUGGUGGUGAAGAUUGGUGGAACAAAUUAGGGCUUCCAAAGGGUCAGUCUCCACCUUAUAAAAAGCCUCAUGAUUUAAAGAAGAUGUGGAAAGUUGGGGUUUUAACCGCUGUUAUAAAACAUAUGUCUCCCAAUAUUGCUAAGAUUAGAAGGUUGGUCCGACAGUCAAAAUGUUUACAAGACAAGAUGACUGCUAAAGAGAGUUCCAUUUGGUUAGCAGUUUUGAGCCGAGAGGAAGCUUUGAUACUACAAUCAAGUGGUGACAAUUUUGGUUCAGGGAUAACUGAGACACCUUCUGGUAAUGGUGUUGAUAAAAACCGACCUUCAAAUAGCUAUGAUAGUGAUUAUGAUGUUGACGGUCUUGAAGAUGGACGUGCCUCAGUUUCAUCCAAAGACCGUGAAGCACCACCACGUAUUAAUGAUAAAAAGCAAACACAGUUGGAAAGAAAGAAGAGAAAACGAGAGCCUAGAAAGCCUUCUCAACAACAAGUCAUAUUAUUUGAGCCACAAGAUGCACCACCUGAUAAUAACCAUUCCGAUUUGCCAUUAACCGUUUACCCGAUCCAAGAAAGCAUUCAAGAAAACCAUACAUCGACAGGUGUCAUGCCUAUGUUGGUCGACACUAGCAUCCAUCAGAUACCAAGAAAUGAGCUGCAAAACUCCUCUAACCUUUCACCAAACAUGUUAUUAUAUCAACCAGUUCAAGAAUCAGAUUAUAGACCAACUGGGGUGCACAAUGUAUCUCAAAGUUCCGAGUUGCAGCCUCAUUUUCCUUACAACCUUUUUACUCCUCCAAUUGAAGGACAGCAGCUCAUGCACCAGCCCAUUCAUGAGUUCCAAAGUGUAAAUCCUAAUGCAAUUGUGGGUGAAGGUCUGCCAAAUCUUGAAAAAGAUGCAUAUCAUAAUGAGCAUGAGGGAGCGCUUGAUAACCAGUUUGAAUCAUCAAUCAAUAGCAUGCCCCUGGAUUACGGAGACUUCACUAGUCUUUUCCCUUUUGGGAUGGAUGGAAUGACGUCACUGGAUACAGAUUUUGAUUCAAUGGUUGAUGCUGACCUCAUGCAGUACUUUGGAGCAUAAGUUUGUUCUAUGGUUAAUGGUGUGAGGUAUAUGCAAAGAUAACAAGUAUGGCAUUAUUUAAGCUGAUCUUUUUGACAAGAAUGUAAGUUUAUAGACUAUAGUUUUUUUUUUCCUUUUUGCUGAUUUUGGUUCAAAAAUAAUUAUGAUACUGAACAACGCACAUGAUCUUGCAUGUAAAGUGAAUGUUCCGUUGAUUUUUUUUUCCCUUUUUUUUUCUUCAUUUCAUUCAUAAAAUUUAGUGGUGUUACCAUGUUGUUCUUUAGACACGUGUAAGUAUUGUUUUCUGCUUUUUAUGUAGUUGAUUUGUCGGGAAGUUUAAGCUCUAGUUCGAGUUAA